AUGUCCGAACGGCUGUACAGAAAGAUAAAAGAACUGGAGUGCGAGUCGAACCUGUACCUAUCAAACAACAAGGCGCUAUUCGAGAGUAUACACCAGUUGCUGAGGGAAGGGGUGCCCUCCAUCCCAAGCGCCUGCUACGUGGACGACAAACUGGCGGACAGAGAAACCAACAGGUACGUGCUGACCAAGUACAUUUACGACGCGGAUGACAUUAUCUACAAAGUGGAAGCACACUCCAAGGUAACCCUAGAGAAGGAAACAAACUUAACAGGAAAAUUAUUAGAUGAAGAAUACUUAACAGAUAACGAAGUGGAGGAUAUGCACAAAGGAGACAACUACAACGUCCUAGACUCAGUGCAAAUAUACGUGGCACAUAGCCAUUUUGAGCAUGUAUGGAAUGAACAUACCAUGCAAUAUUUUCUGAGCUGUUAUCACGAUGAACAGAAUUUAAAAAUACACACACACUUACUAGAGAAGGAGGAAUUCGGCUACGACAUACAAAUUGAGUUAUUUGAAGUACCAAGGACUCCAGGGAAGAUGCUACUCGUGGCAAGUCAUUUGUCAAAAAUACGAGAAGCUUUACAGUGUGGCCCUUUCAUGCACUUUUUCCUUUCCAAAACACAUGAACAGGAAAAUUCUUUCGCUAAAUUUAUAAUUAGACGUAAUGAAGUCAUAUAUCUCCUCAAGAAAAACGACUACGUUUUGGUGGUGCUAUCUGUGCACUAUGUUGAUAGGCAUGACCGCUGUAUCGCCCUGGGAGUGUGCAAAAACAUUCACGCUACUACAAAGUCCAUGGAUUUACAUGGACACCUGGACUUUUCCUUUUAUGCUGACUUCCCUGCUCAUUUGGUGCCCUCCGAGUUGUUCGUCUACGAGGGGGGAGUCGAUGGGGACGAAGGGGGCGAAGGGGACGAAGGGGACAAAGGGGACAAAGGGGACAGCAGCAAUUAUGACCCCUGCAGGGGGGGGAGCGCCCACAUGGAUAAGGGUGAAGCUGGCGAGGGUGGCGGUGCCUACUUAGCCGCCAUCCGCGUGGCCGACUCGGCUGCUCCACCCGAUCCUUGCAGCCCACCUCGGCGCAGCGGCCAGGCAGAGACCACUGCCCCCAACGUCGGGUUCGUGGCCAUCAAAAUGGACGCCAAGUUGUUCUCCGGGUGUAAGGACUUCUCCGAGCUGAUCCAAAUAUCGAGUAGGGUGUCCCACAUCAUCGUGUCCUUCCGAGAUUUCCUCAACAACGCCGUG